AUGGUACAACUUACACAGAAACAAAAACCCGAAACAAUCAAUAAGUCUGUAGUACAAGAAAGUGGGAAAACAUUAAAUAUCAAAGAGGUACCCGCUGGUACAAAUACACUCGAAGAUAUAAAAGAAAAUGUUGCAGAUGAUUUAUCAGACAUUAGUUAUAUAUCUAUCAAGGACUUUGCUUAUGAUGACGCACAUCCCUUACAUUAUGGUUAUUUUAAUGAUGGAGAAGACGAUGAAGAUGAGGAGGAAGACACAUAUCUCGAACCCAAUGAAACAAGUAAUGAUAAUAUAGAUAGGAGACAGAGUAUCAUACUGCCAAAUGAGUAUGUUAUUAAUCAACGAGCCAUUGCUUUAUACGAUUUUGAGCCAGAAAAUGAUAACGAACUUGGGUUGCAUGAAGGCGAUAUUGUUUUCAUCAGUUAUAGGCAUGGUCAAGGUUGGUUAGUAGCGGAAAACCAGCCGAGAACCAAAACAGGGUUAGUUCCUGAAGAAUUUGUGUCGUUUCUUGACAACGAUGAAGAGGAUAAAGAGGCACAUGAUAUGGCAAGACCAUUUUAUUUAACACAUUUUAUAUCACAGGGUCUUCAAAAUUCAAAGGAUAUAAGCCAAGGAAAUGACUCUAAUGAUGAGAUCAAAAGUAAAAAUAGAAAUACUAAUGAUAAUCCUAAUGAUGACGAUGAAUGGGAAGAUAUAGAUGAACUAGGAACAGAGCUGGGGCAUAAAUUGAACAUCUCUGUACAGGAGGAAUAA